AUGAGUGUGUCCAGGAGAGGAGGACUCCACACACACACACUCAGGCUGCGUGAAGAGAGAAGGUCCCGGGACAAGGUGAAAAAGCCUCAUUCUUCUCCAUCCCCAACUUUCAUCAUGACCAUCAGCCAGAGGGCCUCACCCGCACGCAGCUCCAUUCGCGCGCCUAAGUUCUUAGACAAGUCCAGCGGGUUCUACGGCCGCCUAGAUGAAGUUGAGCUCACGGCGGCACUAGACCUGAAGCCGAAGCCGUCCCACGCAGCAGCUGCAGAGGACGGGGAGGUGUUCACGGAGGACGACGGGCAGAUGUUACUGAGGAGGAAGGCCAGCCGACGCAGCAGCAGGUGGAGGAGUCUGCGGAGGAAGGACGAUAAAGAAGAGAAGAGCCCAGGGGCCGGAGAGGAUAUCCAGGUGGUCCUCCAGGCGCAGCUGCAGACGGAGCCUAGCCUGGUGCAUUUCCCAGUCCCAGAGGAGGCUGACGACCGCGUGCUCAUCAGGGACACAGCUCAACAGGAGCAGCAGGAGGACCAGGAGGAGUGGAGGCACAGGAGGGAGCAGCAAGACGGCAUCAAAGCUCUGAAGAGGAAGAGCGGCAAGCACUACGGCAAGGCUCUGGAUCGGGCGUUUCGGCGUGGUUGGGAAGCAUUCAUUACUAACUUGUACAGCGUCACGCUCACCCCCUCCUCCCCCACACCUGAGAAGAGACAGCCCAACAGCAGCAACAUAGUCAUAGCAGAGAUGCACUGA